AUUCCAGUUAUACGCUUCAUGUCCUUUUCAAGCUUCUUUUUAAACGUAGUGUAAAACUUGCUUCUAUCAGCUUGUACAAUUGACAUUGCUUUCUUUUCGUUCCAAUGUGUUCUUUUCUUAUGAAAAUGCAGCAACGAGUAGAAAUUCUCUUCCAGAAAAAAAAACUUACAAAAAGAUGCACUUGUGUCGUAUGUACAGGUACUUCAAAUAUGUGUCUCUUGUGUGCGACAACGAAAAGAAGAUUACUAGUUGGUGUCAUGGAAAAAGAUUUAUGGUGGUAAGUGUUUCCAAAAUCAAUAUUAACCCCUUCAAGUGUUUACAUCCUCUAUUCGUAAGGAACACCCUCUCUUGAAUCCAAAAACUUAUAUUGUACUACCUUUUUAUCCAGAUUUGCAUAUUACAUAUAAGAAAUUAUAUUUCUCCUUAUUACUAAUCCCUUUUCUCUCGUUUUAGAAUCAAUAAUAAACUGAUGUGUAAAUCUUCUUCGGCUGUCCCAAGUGUCAAAGCUGCAAAUAAAACAAUCGCCUUUUCCACGGUCGUGCUAGAAGGCUAUUUGUUCAAGCAAAAACAUGGAAAAUGCAAAGCAUGGAUCAAGCGCUACUUUAGAUUGUACAAUGAUGAGCUACGAUAUUAUAAGACCAAAAAUGACAGGAACACGCUAGCUGUCAUAUCACUUGUACAUUACAGCUUAAAGCCUGAUGCACGACCAAUAGCAGCUCUACACCAAAAACAAUGGAAAGCAAAUACUUUUGCCCUCAUAUCAGAUGAUAAACAAAAAUUUGACUGGCCAGACUAUUACCUACAAGCAUCAGAUGUAAAUGAACGGCAAACGUGGAUAGCCUGCUUGCAAGAGAAUAUGUCAAAGCAGUCUUGCAGUGUUUUGGAUAAAUGGCUUAGUAGACUACAUCUUCCUCCUGCUGUAACGAGAAAUAAUAAGAAACCAGAACUUGGCUCGUUAUCCCAUCCCUCUUUCGUUAUUGAAAGAAUUGUCCCUCUCAAAUCAAGUACAUCCACUCCAGCAUUGCCUCCUUAUCCGCCACUCAGUGCAAAUUCGUCCACGUUCUUUAACGAUGAUAAAGAUGACAUUCCCUCUUUGUACGAAAAUUCUUCUGAGAAAUCAUUUUACAGCAAUGAUAAACACCAACGUUGCAUAAGGUUUCACAGGUCAACAGAAACACUUAAUACAUACCUAACCCAGACUACAGCAGCAACAACAUCUGCUGCUGACGCUGCUGAUGCUUCUUCUUCAUCUUUGUUGGGUUUCAGCAAAUUCAAGAGACGCCCUUCUGAUUCUUUGAUUAAAUCACGCAGCAUUGAUUUAACAGACAGUGGACGCGAAGGGCUGACAUUAAGAUUAUUUAAUUGGAAUAACUAUAGUAGCAAUCGACUUAUAUACAAGUCUUAUUCUUCAAGCAUGGCUGCUGGCUCGUCUUUAUCAGAUUCUAUGCAUGCAAUUGAUCAAUUCUCGUCUUCUUGCCAUGUUAUUGUCGAAACAUUAGAGAUGGCUCAACGUCCUGAUGAACUGGAUGGAGAAUCUAUUAGGCACACUUUUAAUACAAUGUGUUAAACCUGAGAUAACCUCCCAAUAAAAAAAGUGUCAAAUAGA